UUAAGGUUAACUUUUGCUUAGUUCAAGUCACAAGUUAUAAUCACCAAGAAGAAUGUGUGGUCUUGUAGACAUAUUUUAUCAAUUAGAUAACAAAUAAAUACAGGUGCGUAGACAAAAAGUAACGCCGUAUAUCUUUGCUAUUAUAUGGUUCAAAACACCAACUUGUGACUAACCCAAAAACCAGCAAGUUGCUCUCUGGAUCCGCUGAUCGUCAGUCCUACGUUUAUAUAUUAUACCUACGUAAAUAGGUAUUACAUAUAUAGAAUCGAUGGUCCUGAUUGAUUACGAGAUUUUCCUCAUACGUGCAUUAUAGUGUAUGUAAAUGCAUUAAAGAAAAAAAAAAAUGGAUACCGCUCCCAAUACAGAGCCCAUAGAUCAUCAGUUGCUGCAGGGCCAAAUGUACAAUAAUUAUUGCGACGAAAUCCAAAACAGUGCUCUCGACUCAAGACUGUAUGCUGAACUUUAUUUUUUCAGUGGCAGUAAUAGCGAUUAUGAUGAUUUCAUUAAAGAAGCAAGAGAAAAACAUGUGACAACAGAUAAUAGUAGCUCUGCUGGCCAGACAAGCAAUAAAAGUGUGUGUAAUACAUCCGAUAUCAGGACGUCCAAUCUUGAAAACUUGUCCGAUGCAACAGCUAUGUCUAAUAAAAAUGACUCCUUUGACAUUGCACACAAUGUAUCCAAUGCUCAAUUUAGAGAAAUUUCGAAUGAAGAAAGUGCUUCAACGAAUAAAACCCCAAAUACAAGUUUUAUUGGUAAUUUGAGUAAUGAUUCAACGCCAAAUGACCGAUUUCAACAACUUGAUCAGAAUCAUCAUGAUGAAAGGAGAUAUAGUGCAAAGCGUAAAAAGUACGAAAAUAACAAUCACUUUAACAAUACUUGGAAUCAACAAAAAAGUACCCAAAAUUCUUUUACUAGUCCUAAUACUAGAAGUGUAGUGAAUCCUGGGAACUCUCCAAACAAUUUGAAUAUCAAUCCAUAUAACAAAGAAGUAGCAAACAGUAUGCCAAAUCAGGUACAACUUUUCAGCCCAGCUUUUUAUAACUUACUCUUUGUAAAAAAACCAACAAAUCAGAGUGCACCCAAUCCGACACGUAAAUUAAAACAUAAAAACCUGAGAAAACGAAAAAACAAAUAUGAAUCUCGCUAUUCUUUCCCAUGUCAAACAAAUGGUAUACCUGCAAAGGUAAUUAACAAUGGCACUUUAUCUAAAAAUGUUUCCAAUGAAGCUAACACAAACUCUGUGGCAUUAAAUGAACAAGAUGGAAAUGAAAAAAGUAAUAUUAGUGCUCAAAAUCUUCCCAAUGAAGCAAACACAAACUCUGAGGUAUCAAAUGAACAAGAUAGAAAUGAAAUAAGUAGUACUAGUGCUCAAAACGUUUACAAUGAUACCUCUGAAGUCAUUGACAUCAGUUCAGAUUCUGAAGAAGAGUCAACAUCUAAGUAUAAUGCAAUCGAAACAACUGAAAAAAAAUUUGAAAAAAUAUUGACUCGUAAUGAUGACAAGUCAAACAAUAGCGAAUCUGAAAGUGAAGAAUCGAUUUUCGAAGUUCCUAUACCACCAAAGCCAGCACCACUGUUAAUUGAUUUGAAGGAUUCCGACAAUGAAAGCAAUAAUAAGAGCGAAAACCAAAAUGUUGAUAGUUCAAAUGCAUCUAUAAUUUCUGUACCAAGUGCUGGACCCAAUUCUUCAAAUGAAUCGCCUACCAUCGAUGUCUCAGACAGUGAUGAACAAGAUAGUUUUGUUUUAAACUGUACCGUGGUUCAAAAAGACACAAGCAGUUUACAAGACAUUAGAACAACGAACAUUGGUCCAGAGUUAAGCACGUCAAAGUCUCCCAGCAAUGAAAAUAGUGAAAUUACUGAAGAAAGUCAUGAAAUAUCUAAUAAAAUUCUACAAAACAUCGAUACGCGUCAAGAAUGCAGUAAAAGUAAAAAAAAUAAACGCAGCACGUCUACAGCGAGUACAACGGCCAGUUCCAGUAAUGCUCCUCCAAACAAACGAAUUAAUUCGCCAGAAAAUUAUUUCUUUCAACCAAUGAGUGCAAAAAUGAAGGCAUUUUAUGAUGAAUCCUGGGGGGGAGAAAACUUUGACAUGGAAAAGUUACGAAGCAAAAUGCCUUCUGAUUCACAAAAAUGGGCCAUAAUCAAUGAAGACAAAUUUGGUUUGUUUAAUCGCAAUAAGCGUUAUUUUGGUAUUGUUUGUAAUCGUUGUAACAAAAAGGGGCACAAGUCACCUCAGUGCCCUGAGCCAUUCAAGAAUCCCAUUUGUCACAUGUGUGGAGUAAAAGGACACUUUGAGUCUUCUUGUCCUCAUAAAAAGUGUUUGACGUGUGGAACACAGCAGCGCAUGUAUACCAAGAUUUGCGAAAAUUGCAUUAGAAUGCGUUGUUCACGGUGUAAUUCGCGCGGUCAUUCGGAUAUUUCAUGCCCAGAUCUCUGGCGUCGCUAUCAUGACACUGUCAAUAGAAAUAAUGUGGAAUCUUUGCAAUAUUCAAGACGAGUGAUGAAACCACAACACGAAUUAUUUUGUUGUAAUUGUGCAAAAAAAGGUCAUAAUUUCGAUACAUGUAAAAAAUUGCAAUGGUCCCAACACUUUUCCACACCGUCUCACGUUGUUAAUUACAACGGGCCAGCUUACAUUUCGGAAAACUUGCAUGAUUCGCCAAUCGCCAAUAAUCGAAAUGACCAGAAAGCCAAAUAUUAACAACAUCGAUGUUCACCAAAGUACCGUCACUGGAG